CUCUCACCUCCAAGAUGGGAUGCAGUCCCAAGUCAAACAUUCAUGAGACGCGCGAGAAUUCAUGUUCUCCUGCAGUCCUCGUUACCCCUUCGUCGACCGCUUCUAGACUUUCUAUCACCCGAUCUUCUCCCCUGUAUGAAUUUCUCCUUGCGCUUCCCUCUGUUGAACUCUCUGACGUCGACUGGGAGCUUCGGGCACGAAAUCUAGAAAGAGAAAACGAGAAGCUGAAGAAGGAAGCUCUGGUCACAGAAGAAGAGUACAAACGGUUACAGAGACUAUACUCUGACCUUCCGAAGAAGUCCUAAUCGAUGAGUAUCAUUGGGAAAAUCGAGCGCAAAGACAAGAAACAGCAUAUAUAGAUAUAUUCUGUCACAAAUUUUACCGUUUUUAAGGAUAGACCUUCCUCGCGGCCAAGGAUUAGC